AUGGAUUCGCAGGGCAGGAAAGUUAUCGUUGUCGAUAACGGCACCGGGUUUGUGAAGUGCGGAUACGCGGGCAGCAAUUUUCCGGCUCAUAUAUUUCCGUCAGUGAUCGGCCGUCCGAUCGUGCGAUCCGCGCAGAAAGUUGGCAAUAUUGAAAUUAAGGACUUGAUGGUCGGUGAGGAGUGCACCCAGCUGCGGCAGAUGUUGGAGUGCAGCUAUCCGAUGGAGAAUGGUAUUGUUAGAAAUUGGGAUGAUAUGGCGCACAUUUGGGAUUACACGUUUGGCCCGGAGAAACUGGACAUCGAUCCGAAAGUAGGCUUUUGUGGAUGGGAAAAGAACAGCGUCCUC